AUGUCAGCAGCUUCCACGAUCGGAUGUCGGGUGGAAGAACUUAUCACCCCGGCUUUUCUGGUGGAUCGGGCCAAAGUGGAGGUGAACUGCCGAAACAUGUUGAAUACGUGUAAAGCGCUCGGGGUCUCCCUCAGAGCGCAGACCAAGACGCAUAAAACGAUCGAGGUAGCGGAGCUCCAAACAGGAAGAACGAGACGCGGAUUGGUCACCUCCACCCUCGACGAGUCCGAAUUCUACGCCGACCAUGGCUUCGACGACAUCCUCUACGGCUUCCCCCUCAUCCCUCAACACAUGGAGAGAGUUGCCGCUCUCACAGCCCGCCUGAGCCAGUUCCACGUGAUGGUCGACUCCCGCUUAGCCGUCGAGACCCUGAGGGAGACGCCGCCGCCGCUGGGCAAAAAGUGGUCGGUUUUCCUGAAGGUGGACUGCGGGAAUAAUCGAGCCGGAGUGUGGUGGGAGGACGAGCACGGCGUGGACCUGGCUGUGACCCUGCACGAGUGUCCGGCGAUUAAUUUCAUGGGCGUCUACGUCCAUUGCGGAAACUCCUACCAGUCAGAGACGCCCAAGGAUGUGGACAAGAUUCGGGACGAGACGAUAGAAUUGCUCCUGAAGUUCGUCGAUCGCGUGGGCAGGAGGGGGGUGAAGUGCCCCGUCGUGGGUAUCGGUUCGACGCCCACCUGUAGACGACCCGGGCCGAGCAUGAAGAAGAUUUCUGAACUCCAUCCCGGAAACUAUGUCUUUUUGGACGUCCAGCAGUCGACGAUCGGGUCUUGUUCACAGGACGACAUCGCCUGCUGCGUCGCCACCAGGGUCAUUGGGCACUACCCACGCAGGAACCAGUUGCUGGUCGACUGCGGCUUCCUGGGCCUCACCAAGCAAGGAUUCGGACACAUGGCUACUGGCUACGGCGUCAUCCGGGACCAUCCGAACUUAAGUCGUGCGCAACGGCAGCCAUGUACCCCUUUUAUCACGUGAUCCAAGAUGGCGUCGUGAUCGAGGAAUGGAAACCAACUCGAGGAUGGUAAACUUUUGACAAUUUAGGGCUAUUUGUUGUUGUUUCUGUUUUAUCAUGUUAUUAAUUUUUAUUUGAGUUAAUUCUGAAGGUCGUUAUAUGCGGUGAAGAAUAUUUUGAUUCGUAUAUGUGUGUGUGUAUAUAUAUGGUAUAGUAUAACGGGUAUGUUCGCAAAUAUUUUUUUUUUUUUUUGUAUGACAUUUAUUAAUUCCUGUUAUUUGUUGAUAUAUAUGAACGAAAAUGGAUAUACUUAUAUAAAUUUUGUCUGCAUAUUGAUUUACCAAUUAUGAUUUUUUUUUUUUACUAACGUCUUUGUGUUCUAGGGUAAUACGUCAAAAUUUAUUGAUAAAGAAAAUAGGUUUUGAUUUUGAUUUGUUUUCCGUCUAGAAUAUAUAUAUAUAUUUUCUUUACAGUUUAUUUGAUUUAUUUUUUCAGAAGAUUAAAUUUGGAUUAGCAAAGAGAGAAAAAAAAUGCUAGUCAUUUAUUCAAAAUUAUUAUUUUUCUUUUCUGUCUUUCCUCUUAAUUUUGAAUUUGCCAAAAUUUCAACAUCAUCUGUGUUUGUUAUUCUUAUAUAUAUAUUUUGUGCGUUUAUUUUUUUUUGGCAUAUGUUGGCGUACGUGUGUGCUUGUGGUAUAAAUGUUGUUCAAGUUUCUUUUACAUUUCAUAAAGCUGGGAAGAGUGUUAA